ACAAAAAACCUUAACCACAGAGACAGAAGAAAGAGAUGGUGAAGCAAGAAAUCAUUUUCGUUCCUUACCCAACCCCUGGUCAUCUUCUUGUCACUAUUGAGUUUGCUAAAUCUCUCAUCAAACGCGACCAUCGCAUUCACACCAUCACCAUCCUCCACUGGACGUUACCUUACACUCCCCAUGCUGACCUCUUUGCGAAAUCACUCAUCGCUUCGGAGCCACAGAUCCGUUUUCACGCCUUGCCUGAAGUCAAAAACCCUCCGCCAUUUGACCUCUUUUUGAAAGCCACCGAGGCUUACGUUCUAGAGUUCACCAGGGCGACAGUUCCUCUCGUCAGAGACGCUCUCUCCACUCUCGUCUCCUCUCGCGACGGAACCGAUCCGGUUCGGGUCGCCGGUUUGGUUCUUGAUUUCUUUAGCGUCCCAUUGAUCCAAGUGGGAAACGAGUUUAACAUUCCUUCUUACAUUUUCUUGACGUGUAACGCUGGUUUCCUUGGUAUGUUGAAGUAUCUCCCCCAGAGACAUCGCAGAAUGGGCACCAUGCUCGAUCUGAGCAGCUCUGAAGAUCAUCACAUUCCAGGUUACGCUAGCUCAGUGCCGUCGAAGGUUCUGCCGGCGGGCCAGUUUGUGGGAGAGUCAUACGAGGCUUGGGUCGAGAUUGCCGAGAAAAUCCCUGAAGCCAAGGGUAUUCUGGUAAAUUCGUUCACGUGUCUCGAGCAGAAGGCAUUUGAUCACUUCUCUUGUUGUUGCCCUGACGAUUUUCCUCCGGUUUACCCGGUCGGACCGGUUCUUAGCUUGGAAGAUCGUCCGUCCCCCGAUCUUGACCCGUCGGAUCAGCGCCGGAUCAUGAGAUGGCUCCAGGACCAGCCGGAGUCGUCAGUGGUGUACCUCUGCUUCGGGAGCUACGGAGUCCUUGGGGCACCGCAGAUUGAGGAGAUAGCUCGAGCCUUGGAGGUCUCUGGCCACAGGUUUCUUUGGUCUAUCCGUAACGAGGAUGGUGGUCCGUGCGAUCUCUUGCCAGACGGGUUUACGGAUCGGACGGCGAGUAAGGGACUGGUGUGCGGGUGGGCCCCGCAGGUGGAGGUGCUGUCUCACAAGGCCGUCGGAGGGUUCGUCUCUCACUGCGGCUGGAACUCUGUGCUGGAGAGCUUGUGGUUCGGCGUGUCGAUCGUCACGUGGCCGUUGUACGCUGAGCAGCAGCUAAACGCUUUCACGAUGGUGACGGAGUUAAGUUUAGCCGUGGAGCUGCGUUUGGAUUACGUCUCGACCAAGAAAGAAAUAGUGAAAGCUGAGGAGAUUUCGGAAGCGAUACGAUCUCUGAUGGACGGUGAGAAUACGGUGAGGGGGAGAGUGAAGGAGACAGCUGAGGCGGCUAGGAAGGCUUUGAUGGACGGAGGAUCUUCUUUUGUCGGGGUUAAACGAUUCAUGGACGACUUGGUCGGCGAGGAUUUUUAGUUCGGUUGUAAUUGGACUGCUGAUUCUGAAUAAAUUGUGUUUCAAAAAAUGAUUUCUGCUUUAGUAGCA